AAACAGAUUGCUCUUUUUUUUUAAGCGUCGUACUAGUAUUGUCUUCUCAUUCAACCGAGAAUGGAACCCUGUCCAUCAUUAGACCACUCGCUUCUACAUUUGAUCAGAACUUCCUCCUUCACCGAAGAGAAUUCGCGCCCGGGGCCAAGUUGCGGUCGUGAACAAGGCAUAAUGUUCAAAAUCUCGUGGAUUUUUUCAAAAUUGCCAACUCCAAAUUCCGACGAGAUCGGAAGCCGCCGCAAUUUGGUCAAGUACGUUAACACGCAACCCAAGACCUAUGUUCGUGUCAGACAUCUCAUCUUGAGCCGUGAAAUCUGGAGUCAAAUGCCGCAUGAACUGGAAGUGGUGAAAGAAUUGACCAAGAUCCUUCACAACCAGCCGGGGUUAAAACUGGAGAGUCUCCAAAAAGUCAUUGACAAAGACAAAAUGAUGAAAAGCAGACUGAGGAAUCAGACGUGUACCCGCGCGUUUUUGCUUUUCUAUUCAGAUUAUUUUAUUAUUCAAGAAAAUGGAAUGGCCAUAGCUCGAAUCAAAUCAUAUUUCAUGACCGACUACGAGAGAAAGCAUACUGCGAAAAUCAACACACUUGCUGUUAUUGAAUUAAUUCAAGGGUAUAUCGCUCGACAAAAGACGAAGAAUUCACGUCCCAUCAAUCUGCCUAAAACGUAUGCCUACCUUCAAUCGCUGGGCUUUUUUGUCAACGUCAACGAGCUUCAGAAAUUCUUGCACACAUUCUAUCAAAGAUCCAAAAUAUCCAUUUGGAUAGAGCCUUCACACAUUGAACCAAGCGUUAUCCUCUCCAUGUUUAAAUGUGACGCCGUUGAAUUGGUCAGUGACACUUUGAGGAACUGGCCGAUUAGUUUGGACCUGAUCCAGAAAACGUUGGAGCUCCAAGGAGUUCCCUUGGACCACAAUAACCUGACAACUCUUAUCGAAGCACGUUUGCCUGACUAUGAAAUCCAGGAUGGGAUAGUUUUUCAAAAUCAUGAGCCCUACAUAGGGCCAGUUCAAGUUAUUUUAAAUGAGCGAUGUCCCAUUUUGGUCUCCGAAAUCCGGACAGAUCUGAUUUUCCAUGGAGUCGGUCUCUCAAGGAUAUUUUUGAGUGAAUUGGUUGUCCGAAGUCUUGACAAUUACUUCAUACAUCAAGGUCAAAUCUAUUUGCCAACCUCAAACAGUGCUCAAGGAGAUCUUAUGAUCUAUCAUGUUUUGAGCGAUGUGUAUUCCAUAUUAAAAAGCAAUGGUGAAGUGUUACUUCACGAUCUUGUUCUUCAAUUGGCCGCUAAAGGAACUGGAAUAACAAGUACGAAGCUGAAGACCAUGAUUGAUGAAUAUUCGAAUUGCUGUGUACGUGUUGGGAAUUAUGUGUCCUUGAAUGGUGGUCAAGGCCAAGGAAUUGAUCUUCAAUUUGAAGAGGUCGAAUUGACAAGGCAUAUGAAAUCCUUGAGUGCUCUUGCCAAUUGCAACUUGAUGCCGGACUUUAACCAGAGGAUGACUGACCAUCAAUCCGUUUUGAAAGGAGACGUUGAGGCUCAUGCGCUACCACACAAUAUCCUUUCAACAAAAGGAACUGCUGGGGAUAUAAAUGAGUUAACAUGCCAAUCAGCAAGGACCUUGAAAGAGUUGCUCACAUUGCAAGAGUUCUCAGUUUCUUCCCUUGAGACCUUUGAAGUUCAGGUCAACCAACAUGAAACUACUUUGGCAACUAUCCCUGAAGCACAAGACGCCGAGUCUGAAUCGGAAGACCCUGCCUCUGAAGCAACCGAUCCCGAUGAGGGCAAGGAUGAAGCGGGCACAAAUGAUGUCAUGCAAAACCUCAAUGGAUUGACCUCACAUUUUGAUGAAAUUUUGGAAAUGAAGAUGGGCAAUCCGGAAUUCCUGCCAAAUAAUUUGUUAGAAGAGAUAGAUCCAAUCAAAACUUCUGGCAAUGACGAGGAAAUGCCAACGAAUGAGUUAUCAACUGUUCCUCAAUCUAAAGAUCCUGUGAAACAACUUGAAGAUGUAGAUGGCUUGACAACAGUUCACAGAGAGACAAUUGCCGAAACGGACCUUACUCACCAAAGUAGUCUUAACUUGGAGGGGACUUACCAAAAGUGGUAUAACUUUGAUUUGACAGUAGAAGAGGCUAUUGAAAUGACAACAGAGUGGUCUGAAUUUGAGAAUACUGAAUGCUUGAAGUCCAUGAAUUCGUCACAGGAAUGGGCGGAACGAGCCCCAAUUACUCCUUUCGAACAAUUAUUUCAGCAAGAGGCAAAUAUCAAUCGUAGGAUAACCCAUUGUAUUCUAGUGUAACUUGCUACAAAUUCAGCGAUGGCAAAAAUCGACUCUGAAGGAAUUUCUACCAUUUUCUAGCAUCUCAUGGCAGAGAGUGGUCCAAAAUGGCCGCUGGUGCUCGAUAUGCUUGACCUAAAUAUAAAAAGAUUGUGAAUGAUAUAAGACAAUAACGGCAUGAUCCAUGCAUCCAAAUGGGCCCAAUUUAAAAGUGCACUUAAAUCUGAGUAAUUCCCUAAACAUUGUGAUACACGAGGUUUGUUUUUCUUAUUUAGCAACUAAAUUAUUAUCCACGAGCUUCAAAUUGCAGCCAAAACAUUUGUAUAUCUAGUCAUUCACUUCGGAAUGAUAUUUAGAUCUGUCAGACGAACAAUCUCGGUUAUUAACAAGUCAUUUUGACUAAAAAAAAUUAGCCUCAUGGCAACCCUGCUCAUGAUCGCUUGAUGCUGUAAAAUUCAAGCUCCAUUCAGACUCGAGUGAUAUAUCUUGAUUUGUGUCUUGCUUCAAUGCAAAAAACCCUCCCAGCAUGUUAAGGCUACAGACAAACAUGAAAACGAAUUGAAAACGUAUGUUAGUGUGAUAAAAAGGUGAUUUCAAUGAGUCAGAAGAUUUCUAAUUUUCCCCAUUUUCUGCCCUUUAUUUUGAACCAGUUUCUGCCAUUUUCUGCAACAAUUUUCUGCGAGGUGGUCGAAAAUGGUCUUUGAUAAUUUCCCAUCCAUGGCUACAAUAGAUCCAAGUUUUGUCAUAUCAAAUUAUUGAUUUUUUUCGAACGAUUUGGAAAUCCCACACUUGCUCUUCGCUCAGUUUUGAUACAAGCAAUGGAGAUGUAUGUGUCCAAGAAUUAUCGCCUAUUCUAUUCUCAGUUAGCCAUAUAAUACUGCGUGCAUUGAGCUGGUCAUUGACUGUCAUUAUUUUUCUUUGGAUUGUUAGCUAUGCUCUAAAGCCAUGUGAUCUGAAAUAAAGGUUAACCGGGGCUAACUAGCACAGGUCUGUUAGUUCAUGUUAUUAAGGUAAAGUU